AUGUCGCAAAACGACCAAGGAAUCUUAACCAGCGCUGUCGACAAGACCCGCAAAUUAGCUCUGGAAGCAGCCGACAAAAUCAUGGAAACCUGUCAGUCUGUUGUGAGUUCUUCACAAAAAAACGGAGCGGAUACUUUCGAAGCUGUUGAAGAUGAAGUGAGACUUGUUCCACAGUUGAAAUCAUUUCCAGAAAGUUUUUUUUAGAAUAACAAAAAGCAACCAAAUGAGCACCUCCUGUGGAUUGGAGAACCGAAUGAGGUGAAUUUAAGAACCUUUUACAGCGGUUUUGAAAACUUCGUUUAGAGUGCCCCCGUACAGGAGCAAAAUGGUGAAAAAAUUCGAGCUGCUGGACUUCCGAUCGACAGCUUUUAA